AUGUCUAAGUCAGAGUCUCCUAAAGAGCCCAAACAGCUAAGGAAGCUCUUCAUUGGAGGGUUGAGGUUUGAAACAUCAGAUGAGAGCCUGAGGAGCCAUUCUGAGCAAUGGGGAACGCUCACAGAAUGUGUGGUAAUGAGUGAUCCAAACACCAAUCGCUCCAGGGGCUUUGGGUUUGUCACCUGUGCCACUGUGGAGGAGGUGGAUGCAGCCAUGAAUGCAAGGCCACACAAGGUGGGUGGAAGAGUUGUGGAACCAAAGGUAGCUGUCUCAAGAGAAGAUUCUCAAAGACCAGGUGCCUACUUAACAGUGAAAAAGAUAUUUGUUAGUGGCAUUAAAGAAGACACUGAAGAACAUCCCCUAAGAGAUUAUUAUGAACAGUAUGGAAAAACUGAAGUGAUUGAAAUCAUGACUGACCAAGGCAGUGGCAAGAAAAGGGACUUUGCCUUUGUAACUUUUGACAACCAUGACUCCACGGAUAAGAUUGUCAUUCAGAAAUACCAUAUUGUGAAUGGCCACAACUGUGAAGUUAGGAAAGCCCUGUCAAAGAAAGAGAUGGCUAGUGCUCCGUCCAGCCAAAGAAGUCGAAGUGGUUCUGGAAACUUUGGUGGUGGUCGUGGAGGUGGUUUCAGUGGGAAUGACAACUUUGGUCAUGGAGGAAACUUCAGUGGUUGUGGUGGCUUUGGUGGCAGCCAUGGUGGUGGUAGAUAUGGUGGCAGUGCAGACGGCUAUAAGGGAUUUGGUAAUGAUGGAAGGAAUUUUGGAGGUGGUAGCAGCUACAGUGAUUUUGGCAAUUGCAACAAUCAGUCUUCAGAUUUUGGACCCAUGAAGGGAGGAAACUUUGGAGGCAAAAGAUCUUGCCUCUAUGGUGGUGGAGGCCAAUACUUUGCCAAACCACAAAACCAAGGUGGUUAUGGGGGUUCCAGUAGCAGCAGUAGCUAUGGCAGUGGCAGAAGAUUUCAAUUAGGAAACAAAACUUAG